GAGCCAGCUUUGGUGAAGAUCUCCCAGGAGCUGCCGGGCCUUUUAGCACAGCACGUACAGCCAGUCAAUGAGAAACGAUUCCCUACAUGGGAAAAAUUCCUCCAAACAUUUCUUAGUCAAGGUGGUGUGAUAGAAGCCUUCCCACUCGCAGAAAACGUCACCAACCUGACGGUGGAUGUGCUGAUAGAGCCAACAGGCGAGAUAAAAAUAGUGUCAUCUGGAGACCAGCUCCACGCUGACGGUCCUUUGCAGUCAUCUGGCACUACCAUUCCACAGCGUUCUGUCCAUCCAGCGGUUCUUAAUUCACUCUGCUUAAAAAUUGGAGAAACCUGUAAAUCUAAAGGAGUGCUGGGUUAUUUCUCUGUUGAUUUUGUGACUUUCAUCCAUCCGCAAACGAUGGAACAGCAGGUAUGGGCAACAGACCUUGACCUCUGCUACAGCGACCAGCUGGCCUUGACUCAGCUCAUGUUGUACGUGACAGAUGGACAUCUGGAUUGUCGAUCCAGCCACUUUGAAGUAUCUCUGGGUUCAAACAAAAAGAAAAGCCAACGUAUUUGGCACGAGGAGACUAAAACUCCUUCUCCAACAAGCAACCGCUGUGCAGUAGCAAGCAGUCAACUGAGGCACUCCAGCCUUUCAGUGAUCUACUAUAACGUUCUCCUCCAGAUGUGUAAGGAUCGUGGUGUUGGAUUUGACCUCCAGGAAAAACAGGGAACAGUUUUUAUAUUGUACGAAGAUCAGAAGCGAUACAGAUUGGGAAUGAUAACAAUCGGAGAGGAUCUCCAGGGGGUCCUCAUGACCUUUGCUCACAAUCUCUUCAUCAUCCAUCAAGAAAUAUCAGCACCUAAUAUGCAAGGCGAGACCAAUUUUAAGAUGGCAAUUCAAGAUAUUGAAGCAAUUCUAAGAAUUACAGCAGAAAACAAACUGAAAUUGGAAGAGGAGCAACCUUCGAAAGCAGAUGCUCUGAAAGAAUAGUUAACGGAAAAUGUUUAAGUGCCUUAUUCUUUAUGCUUCUGGAAACACUUUCUCAUCUGUAAGAACAGGUUUGGUUUUCCUUCUGCAUUGCCAUGUGAAGUAAUAUUGAGACAGUACAUUUCCAGAGUUUU